UUAAGUAAAGAACAUUCGUUGUGCUUGCUGGCUGUUAUUAAAACGAGUAUUAAAUGAAAAAAAAUUCGCCGUAACUCUACCUAAAUACAUUUACAAUAUUUUAUUAUUAUUGUAUUAUUAUUUUUAUUCUCCAAAUUUAACUAUGAUCACUGAUUGAAUUGAUCAGUCAGAAAGAAGUCGUUCAUUGCAAAUAACCGAUAAAAUAAUUAAUGUCGGACAAAAUAUAUUUUUUUAAUGUAAAUGCAUAUACCUAUAAACCUACUCUUCUUUUGAGCGAUGAACUAAUAAAAUAAAAUAAAAAAACACACAACAAACUGAUAAAGUUUAAGUAGGUUUCAUGUGAUAAAGUAAAAACAAAAAAAAAAUAUUUAUUUGAGUUUUACAAUAAACAAUUCAAAUAUAAUAUAAAAGUGAAAAGUAAUAAAAAAAAUGAAAUUUGCUGAGCAUUUAGCGGCACAUUUAACACCAGAAUGGCAUAAGCAAUAUAUUAAUUAUGAGGAAAUGAAAGCAAUGCUAUAUCAAGCUUCAGAGCAAGCACCAUCAGCUGAAAAUGUUGACGAUGAAAUUUUACAAAGACAUUUUGCUAAUUUCGAUGAAAAUUUUUUUCAUUUUUGUGAUCAAGAAUUGAAAAAAAUUAAUACGUUUUUUUCAGAAAAAUUAGCGGAGGCAACAAGAAAAUUUGCAACAUUAACAACAGAAUUAAGAGCAUCAAUUGAAUCAGCACAAAGGGCUAAUAAAAAAGCAAAAGAUCCAAAUAAAUUUGAGUUGCCAAGAAGGAAAAUUCAAGAAUUUAAAUUAGCAUUCAGUGAAUUUUAUUUAAGUUUAAUUUUAUUACAAAAUUAUCAAAAUUUAAAUCAUACCGGUUUCAGGAAAAUUUUAAAAAAACAUGAUAAACUUUUAAGAGUUGAUAGAGGAGAACGUUGGCGUAAAGAACAUGUUGAAACAUCUCAUUUCUUUUUAUGUAAAGAUAUUGAUAAUAUUAUAAAUGAAACAGAAAGUGUUGUAACAAAUGAACUCGAAGGUGGAGAUCGUCAAAGAGCUAUGAAAAGGCUUAGGGUACCGCCAUUAGGUGAAAAACAAAGUCCAUGGACAACAUUUAAAGUUGGAUUAUUUUCAGGAAGUUUCAUUGUGUUAUUAAUGGCUGUAGUAUUAUCUGCUAAUUUUCAAUCUUUAACAGCUGAUGAUCUUAAAUUAGCAUUGAGAUUAUAUCGUGGACCUUUACUUGUAAUUGAAUUUGUUUUUUUGAUUGGUUUAAACGUUUAUGGUUGGCGAUCGUCUGGUGUUAAUCAUGUUUUAAUUUUUGAACUUAAUCCUCGAAGUCAUCUAUCAGAACAACAUCUAAUUGAAUUAGCUGCCAUUUUUGGUGUUAUUUGGACUUUAAGUGUUUUAAGUUUUUUGUACAGUCAAAGUCUUAGUAUACCAUUGUAUGUGAAUCCAUUAAUGUUAACAAUGGUAAUGAUAAUAUUUUUAGUAAAUCCAUUUAAAGUACUUUAUUAUGAUUCACGUUGGUGGCUAUUAAGAAUAACAUGGAGAAUGGUUGCAGCUCCAUUUUAUCAUGUAAAUUUUGCUGAUUUCUGGUUGGCUGAUCAAUGGAAUUCACUAGUAAAUGGCUUAUUAGAUUUUGAAUUUUUACUUUGUUUUUAUUUAAUUAAUACAGAUUGGGUAUUUGUUCAUAAUUAUUCAUCUUGUUUGGAAAAUGAUUUUAUAAUAAGACCAAUUGUCAACUGUCUACCAGCAUGGUUUCGUUUUGCACAAUGUUUACGGCGUUAUCGCGAUACAAAAGAAGCUUUUCCACAUUUAGUUAAUGCUGGGAAAUAUUCAACAACAUUUUUAGUUGUAAUUUCAGCUACACUUCGAAGCUAUAAUGCACAGUAUUAUUCGAGUGCCUAUGAAAAUCCAUUCACUUGGAUUUGGAUACUUAUGGCAACAAUUUCAUCAACAUAUGCAUAUCUUUGGGAUAUUAAAAUGGAUUGGGGUUUAUUUGAUAAAAAUGCUGGUGAAAAUAAAUUUUUAAGAGAAAAUAUUGUUUAUAAUUCUAGCUAUUAUUAUUUUGCAAUUAUUGAAGAUUUAUUUGCAAGAUUCAUAUGGAUAAUAUCAUUUUAUUUAACAGAAAUGAAAUAUAUAACUGGUGAUGUUAUGGGAACAAUAACAUCAAUAUUAGAAGUUUUUCGACGUUUCAUAUGGAAUUUUUUCCGUUUAGAAAAUGAACAUCUUAAUAAUUGUGGUAAAUUUAGAGCAGUUAGAGAUAUUUCAAUUGCACCAAUUGAUUCAUCUGAUCAAACAAUGAUAUUAAGAAUGAUGGAUGAAGAAAAUGGUGUUAUAAAUCGUUAUACUGAUUCAAAUCGACCUAAGGUUAGAAAAACAAAAGAUCCAGAGAAAAAAAGUUUACUUGGUCAUAAAAAUCGUUUAUUAAUGGAUUUAGCUGCUGAUGUUAAUGGAUCAAAAAAUAUUUAAAAUUUUUUUAUCCAUUGUUAAAAAAAUAAAUAAUUGUAAAGUGAUAAAAAAAAACAUGAAACCGAAUGGUGCAAAGUACUUAAUUAAAAAUAAUUUUUUUUUAUUUUCUACAAAUUAUGAUGUACUAAUAAAUAUUAAAAAAUUUAAUCGAAAAUGUGCAAAAUUUUAGAAAAAAAAAAACGAAAAAUAAAAUAAAAUACACCAG